UUUUGUAUUUAUAUGUGAUCUGUAGUACAAAGCUACGAGAGAGUAAGUGGAGUGAGUAGAGUGAGUAGAGUAGUCAAAUAUCGUUCGGUUAACAAAGCGCUUGUUGAGAGAUUCUCUAAAUUUUUAUUAAACUUCGGAGAACAGUGUAAAACGACCAAUAAACUAUGGCUCGUACGAAGCAAACGGCCCGUAAAUCUACUGGAGGAAAGGCACCCAGAAAACAACUUGCAACAAAGGCAGCCCGUAAAAGUGCACCUUCUACUGGAGGUGUAAAAAAACCACAUCGUUACAGACCUGGAACUGUAGCACUUAGAGAAAUCAGAAGAUAUCAAAAAUCUACUGAAUUGCUGAUAAGAAAAUUACCAUUCCAACGAUUGGUUCGUGAAAUUGCACAAGAUUUUAAAACUGAUUUGCGUUUCCAAAGUGCAGCUAUUGGUGCCUUGCAAGAAGCUUCGGAAGCAUAUUUGGUCGGAUUAUUUGAAGACACAAAUUUAUGUGCUAUUCAUGCUAAACGCGUUACUAUCAUGCCUAAAGAUAUUCAGUUGGCACGAAGAAUUCGUGGCGAACGUGCUUAAAUUACAAACAACUUGCAAUUUUUGUUUCAAUUCAUUUUAUUAUCAUGUCCUGGGACAUUAUCUUAUAAAGUAAUUAAAUACAUCGCAAUUCAGUUCUUCCCACAAAUAAUCACUAGAGUCUACACUGCCAAGCACUAUAAGUAGUAUAAAUGGGGAAAUAUAAUCUAGGUUUGUCUGUUCUAUUACAUCAUAAAUCAUUGAAAAAUAUUUAAAAUUCAAUAAUAGACAAUUAACUUCUCCAAUUAUGGUAUGUGAACAUGAUUAUAGUGGAAUAGUAUUUGUAAUCAAACUUAUAUCAUUACACACGAGCAAUAAGUUAUAGAAAACAUUUUGAUAUGUAGAAGAUCAAGAUUAGGAUAAUAGAAUAUGGAAACUCAUAUUUUUACAAUCUUACAAGAUUUGUCAUAUUAAUUUAAUUUUCAUACAUUUAAUGUUGUGUCAAAAGAAACAUAAAUUUAUGUUUGAAAAGUAUCUUGCUAUUUGAUUGAAAUAUAAUUAAAUUAAAAAAUUUUGUAAGUAUAAUAUUUUGUUAGUAAGCAAUAUUGUUAUGUAAGGAAAUUUCGAUUUGCAUUUACAUUUCAUAAAUAUUAGUUUAAUAAAAUAAUAAUAAUAAUAAUAUAAUAAUAAUAAUAAUUAUAAUAAUAAUUAUAAAAAAAUUAGUGAGUAUUUCUUAGUGUUUUAUUACUGUUAACUGUCAUGAUUAUAGACAUUAUAAUUUCAUGUAAUUACUCUCAUAAAAAUUUAAAUAAAUAACCUACUAGUGUACAGAA